AUGAACAGGGCGUGUGACAUUUGCCAUAGGCGUCGGAUCAAGUGCCAGUAUAAAGCUGAGUUGAGCCGAUGUGACCACUGUGAGAAGCUUGGUGCAGUGUGUACGUUCCGGCGUGUUCCCCAGAAGCGGGGUCCCGCGAAGCGGCGCACAGUGUCCCUGGAGAACGACGAGUUGGAUCCCGUGGACUUGUAUUACCGGCACAUCGACGGUGCCCUGCCCGUGGUACCGAUGCGUGAAGGGGACUUCCGGCAUAUCUUGCAGGGGAGCCCUCCGGACGUUCAGCGGUUGUUUGCCGAGGUGGUGCACGAUUUGCUGUAUGGAGAGGGGCAGUUGCGUGAGGUCUCGCGUUGCGGGGUUGUGAAGAGUUUGAAGUUGGUACAGUUGGAGUUGACCUCAGGGGACAAGUUCGUACUGCUGGCGUGUCUACUGCUGCUGUGCUUGCCCCUACAGGAUAUACUCCCGCUGUGUACCGCGUUGGGGCUGUACUACGAGUGGUGUACGCCUCAGGGGAACACACUUCUCGAAUUGCAUUGGACCAACAUCGUGAUAUUUGAUCUGGCGCUCCAUGAGACAAUGGGCACCCCGCGGGUUGUCACGAGUGUGCAUGAACCACUGGAUCAAGCGACCCAGUUGCAGGGGGAUAUCCUUCGAGUGUUCCACCUGGGCGUCGUACCAGGAUCUAUCGCCGCGGUGGGGGGUGAACCUACACUGUACAAGUUGUACACGACGCUGCGAUACGACAGUUCCGCGACUCUCUCCUCGCAAUUACAAACGACACCGGUCAACUACGGGGAACUCAUCCCUACUCUGCUAAAAGUAACGCACGGCGUGUUAAAGAUCCUCUCCAGUGUCGUGCAAGAGCAGUACACUGGAGAUCCACGUGUGGGCACGGGCAAGCGGUUUAUCUUUGCGCCGGACAGCAUACUACGCGGCGUAGACCGAAUAUGGACCGUAGUGGAGAGUAUCCCCACAUACGUGUCCGCCGCCCUGUCCACAGACAAGACGAGCAGCCAGGAGCACCGACCGCUGCUGUCGCAGUGCAUGAACGAAACCGUCCAGAUCACUCUGCUGAGACGGCGGUCCCUGCUACUGGGGCGCCGCGCUCACCCAAUGCCCACCACCACCACAUCAACCGCCAGCUCCCCACUUCAGACCUGGGCGGCCCGCCUGGCCGCGGCAGGCACCACCACCACACCCUGCUGA